UGAACACCAACCAGCUCAGUCGCGGACAGCUGUGCGGGACAAAGUGUCUCUCCUACGCGAGGCUCUGCAGCUCACUGAUAAACAGGACAGCGUGCUUUAAUAGCUUCUCUUUUUGAAAAUCUGUCGUGACUCAGAGUAGCAGCGAUGGCGACAAUGUUCAGAUACCCCGUCUUUCCUCAUCUCAAGGAUCCGUGUGAUCCCGGUCUAUCGCUGUCACCAGGGAGGAGUGUCAUGGCGGAACCGGACUAUCUGGACGGAGACUGUGAGGAGCUCAUCAAGCCCAAGAAGCUGAUCAACCCGGUCAAGACCUCGCGUAACCAUCAGGACUUGCACCGAGAGUUGCUCAUGAACCAGAAGAGGGGUCUGGCUCCUCAGAACAAACCCGAACUCCAGAAGGUUCUUGAGAAGAGAAAGAGGGAGCAAGUUCUCAAGGCUCAGAAGGAGGAGCAGGAGGCACACCAGAAGAGGAGCGACCUGGAGAUCGAGCUCAUGAAAAGGCAACAGAAACUAGAGCAGCUGGAACUGGAGCAGCAGAAAAAUGAGGAAGAACAGGAGAACACCCCCGAGUUUGUGAAGAUGAAGAGCAACCUGCGCAGGACCAAGCAGGAGGCGGACGAGGAGGAACGUACCACCUAAAAACCAGCAGGGGUGUCUGGGUCUGGUUGACUGUGCGUGUCUUUGGAGAGCACGGAGGCGUCAGGAGUGUGUGUACAAAAGAGAGAGUGUGUUGUGUCUGUGGCGCACGGUGGUGACCUGACCGUGCUCCAACAUGAACUUCCUGGCUUUCCCAACCUACCUGUUCCUUCCUGCAGUGAGGAGAGAGACUUUACAGACUAAAGACCCCCCUCUGUCUGCCUGCAACAGACCGCCAGUACUCACACCCAUCCAGCAGCACACAGCACCCCCGCAGGAGGGACCUAACAUGGACAUGUUACACGCUUUUCAGUGAGGGCGGGCACGCUUUCCAAUAAGCUGUGAUGGAGAAACAACCAAACAGGAGUUUUCAUCCCCUCUGUUCACACUUUUUUCUCCACAGCAAGCUGUCAUUUCUAUUUACUGUUAUCGAUGUUGUCAUUGUCGUUUUAUUUUUUUUUUUUUUUUUUUGUUUGUUCUCAUCUUCAGAAUCAAAAGGAAAGUGGACACUGGAUAUGGACUCUCGAAGCUGUGUAAUAUAAAAGCCAAACACUUGUGCUUUUGUUAUUUAUGUUUGUAGCUUUUAGCCCAGGUGUAGGGGUGGACACUUUUAGUCAUUCUGUAUUUUAGUUUGUCCUACAGCAUAGUUCCUGAAACCAGAACAAAGGGAGUGUGUGGUUGUGCGAGACACUCAAGUUUGCUUCAUAAUUAUAUAUAUUUUUUUGAAUUCUAAACAUGCCAUUUCCUCAGCUAAUGCAACGUUCAGCAAUAGAUGAACUCCCAGGCAUGAGAGUGACUUUUCUUUAUAUAUUCUGUUGUUUUGUAUGAAUAAAAGUGUUACUAAAUAAAUAAUUUAAGUUUUCGUUAGGUUGGUCAAUAAGAAUAAGGCCUGGGGUGUGUGAUCGGUCUUUGUGUGCUUUUCUGAACAAAGGCUUUGGCAGAAUCCAGGAAGUAAAACUACAAAGGUACACGUGUACUACACUUGUCAUUAAUGAUUCUAUUGACUGGUAGUCCUACGAAUAUCGGCAUAGCUACUGAAACAACUCGGACAUGCAACAUGGAACUUUAUCCCCGCAGUAUUUUCUGUCUAAUUGCAAUAAAGCCCUAGAAUUGGAUAACAACAGAAAUCAGUUCAUCUGAAAUGAGUGUUAACUGCAAAACAAGUAAAUUUGUAUGUGUAGUGUGCACCCUCACCUGGUUUGUGGAUCUCUGAGAUAUUAUGGAAAGAACAUAACAUAAUCCUGUGUUCCUAUCCAGAAUCUUCUGUUAAAUAAAUCCAAUUUUAAUUUUAA